AUGUGCAAUAAAAAUAUAUCAUGUAUACUAACAACACAAGCAACAAUUCAAAUUGUUACAAAACAAAUGACAUAUUACGGACCAAUUAUUCUUCUAAUUGUGGGUAUUAUAGGUUGUUUAUGUAAUUUUCUAACAUUUACAUCACCAAAAUUACGUCAAAAUCCAUGUGCAUUUUAUUUUCUUUGUUCAUCUAUAUUUGAAUUUCUUACAAUUACUUUUGGACUUAGUACUCGUUUAGCUGCUGAUUAUUUAGGUAGUAAUCUACAAAAUACAAAUCGAAUUUAUUGUAAAAUUCGUGCUUAUUUGGUUUCGGCAAUACCAUUAAUUGCUACUUAUUUUAUAUUAUUAACAGCUAUUGAUCGAUGUAUGUCAUCAUCUAUUCAUAUUCGUUUACGUUCAUUUAGUCAAAUGAAAAUCGUUUAUCGUUCAGUUAUAAUUACGAUUCUAAUUGGUCUAUUAUCUUGUUCACAUAUUCUUAUUACCUAUGAUCUUCGACCAAAAUGUGCUACUUUAUAUGGUGCUUAUGCUAUAUUCGAUGGUAUGUUUGUCGUAUUUUGGCUUGGUUUUAUUCCUCAUAUAUUAAUGUUAAUAUUUGGUUUAAUGACUUUAAUACAUAUACGACAGAUGAGACGAAGACGACCACAACUAAAAAUAAUUACACCUAUCGAACCAAAACGACCACGAAAUGAUACUAAAACAGAUACACAAUUGAUUUUAAUGAUGUUAGUUCAAGUUGGUUUGAGUUCAUUAUUAACUUUAACACGAAUGAUUUAUUAUGCAUAUUAUAUACUUGGACCAUCGUUAACUGGUUAUAAUAAAAUGAUUGGAUCAUUUUUAAUGUCAUUUACUACACUUCUUUAUUAUACGAAUUAUGCGAAAUCAUUUUAUAUCUAUACAUUAUCAAGUCAAUUAUUUCGAUCAGUUUUUUUACAAAGACUUAAAGAAUAUGGUCAGAAAAUUUUCAAUUUAAAUCCAUUAGUAUUGAAAAAUGUUGCAACAAGUCAAACUCGAUAA